AUGCAAAUGUGGACAUCGCAUCCUGACUGCAUUAAAGUGGUGGAAGAUGCUUGGAAAACUAAUUUUGUUGGUUGUCCGAUGUUCGUUCUGGCAGCAAAGUUAAAAUUUCUCAAGGAGAAGCUUAAGGUGUGGAACAAAGAGUGUUUUGGAAAUGUGCAAGACAAUGUCAAGAUGGCUGAGUUAGCUCUGGAAAAUAUUCAGCAUCAUAUUGACACAGACGGCCAUACCGAUAUUAAUCAAAGAAAGAUGGCUACGGUGGCUUGGAAAGUUUGUUGUCAGGACCGUAAGGAUGGAGGGUUGGGUAUUCGCUCUCUUCGUGUUCUUAACAAAGCAAAUCAUUUGGUUCAGUGCUGGUGUAUUAUGAAUGAGAUUGACACUUGGGCUUCGGUUGUAAAAGCUAGAGUUUUAAGGAAAGGCUCGGUGCGUAAAUCACACGUUUUCUCGUCUGUUUGGACAGGUUGUGCUGAAUUUUUGGAAGACUUACUGCAGAAUUCUAUGUGGAUGAUUGGAAAGGGCAAUAAAAUUAAUUUAUGGUGUGACAACUGGUGCGGCAGUCCCUUGAGUUCAUCGCUUCAUCUUUCGGAAGCUCAGAUGGUGCUGCUGAAGGCUGAUCUGAGCUCCAUUUUAAGCGGCAAUUCGUUUAACUUGCCGCCAGGGCUGAUCAGUUUUUGUCCUGAGCUGCCACGGAUGGUGGAAAAUAUUUAUGUCAAUUGUUUGAAGGAAGAUUGGCUCGCUUGGUCCAGGUCUGACAGCGGCGAUAUCACUGUCAAGGAUGCGUAUUCUUACUGCAAGCAUAGUGGAAAUGCUUGUGUUUGGGGCAAUUCCAUUUGGCACUCAAACAUCCCUCCUUCUCAUUCUAUUUUAUUUUGGAGAGUUAUAAAUAAUCGUGUUCCUACGGAUGACGUGCUCCGGCAUUGCGGUAUGGCAGGCCCUUCUAUUUGUAACCUCUGUUUACAUACAGAAGAAAAUAUCAAUCACCUAUUCUUUCAAUGUGACUAUUCUCGAAGGAUCUGGAAUUGGUUGCGCGAUAUGCUUAAUGUUAAUGUUAGCUUUUCAGAUAUGCAAGAUUGUUUCAUUGCAAUGCAUAAAACUGGUGUUGCGCAAUGUAUGGUGGUGUACCGUGCUUCAAUUAUUGCUGUGGUUAAUAACAUUUGGCGGGCUCGAAAUCAAGCUCAGUUUCAAAACAGGUUUAUUCCUUGGAGAACUACAUGUUCAUCUAUUUAUGCUACUUCCCAGCUGGCUGGAAAUUCUUUCAAAGGAGCAUCUUCUAUGGACAUUGGGGAUUUUCAAGUUCUGAAAAAGUUUUCUAUUUCCAUUAAUCCGGUUAAUCCCAAGAUGUGUGUCGAAGUCAUUUGGAAUCCUCCCCCAAAUGGUUGGAUUAAAGUCAACAUUGAUGGAGCAUCCGGCGGUGAUCCAAUAAACGCGGCUUGUGGGGGAAUCUUUAGAGAUCACUUCGGGAAUCACAUUGAAAGUUUUGCUUGUAAUUUAGGCCCUGUUAAUUCUCUGUUUGCUGAGCUGAUGGGAGCUAUUUUGGCUAUUGAGCAUGCUUUAGUUCGUGGUUGGUCAAAUAUUUGGCUAGAAUCGGAUUCAACUCUUGUUGUGAUGGCGUUCAGUAAACCUUCUGUUGUACCCUGGAAGAUCAGGAAUAGAUGGGACAACUGUACGGCUACCCUUGGUAAUUGUAACUUUUUGGCUUCUCAUAUUUUCAGGGAAGGUAACCAUUGUGCCGAUAAAUUGGCUAACAUAGGUUUAAAUAUCUCUAACUUUACUUGGUGGAAUGAUGUACAUCGGGAUAUAGAAUCAGACUUUUGUAGAAACCGAUUAGGUUUAUCUAAUUUUAGAAUCAGAUAG